AUGUCGUCACCCAUAAAAGAAGGUGUUGAAAAUGUACAACAUAAAGAAAAUGAUAGCAAUAUUCAGGUACCAAAGGAACCGUUCAGUUUUAUCUUUUCAAACUAUCAUAAAGAUGUUACAAACAAAGAUCUUCAAAUAAUCAGAAUCACUGCCGAAUAUUUCGUCGCUAAUGAGAUAACCGAUCUGAAUUCUCUUUUGGUGCAAUUGAAGGAAUCAUUCGAAGAUAUUUCUCAAUUUAAUUUCUGCAAAGCAGAUCAUCCAUUAAACGAUUUAUUUCUGGCAUUUAUUAAUCAAUAUAAACAAAUCAAAAUUUGCAGAUCCGCCACAGCUCCACCGUGUAUUAAAAAUACAGGUAAAGACGAAUCAUCUCAAAACGAAUUUCUCCAACGAUGCUUUAAAAGAUCCAUAUUUAAUGAAUAUGCAAAGGAGUAUCAUACAGAGAAGGAGGAAGCUAACAAACUACAAAAGAUUCAAUUUUAUUCGUUUAAUUGGACAAAAUUUAAAGUUGUAGGUAAAAUUAUUGUCGACGGCAUAGAUGAAACCACUGUUCCAGAACCUUUGGAUUUCAAAAUGCUCUCGCUUAAGAAUAUUAAUAACACUAUUUCAACACUAUUUAAUGAGCCUACUGCGUUUAAAGUGGCUGAAUCCGAACCAGGAAAAAAGAGUAAACGUAAAUUAAAUGUGAGAGGUGCCGGAGAGACACGUCGUAAGAAAAAUAAGAAUUCCCCCAAUUUAAGCACUGAGAAUGGGAGAAUGAUUGAAUGCCCAAUUACUCAUAAGAUGGUGGAAGCCGAUAAUUUUGAUAAGCAUCUACGAAUACUACUUUCAGAUCCUAAUUAUAAACAAGAACGAGAAAAGUACGAGGCGAAACAUAGAUUAACAAACUUAACUACAGACGAAAUAUUUGAAAACAUCCAACGAAUUGUCCAGAAAGGAAAAUAA